UGUUAAUAACAUAUAAUACAAAGGGUUCUGUAAUUAUUCAGCAGUUUGUUUUUCGGUCGGUAUUUAACAAUAAGUAUCAUUUUAGAGAAAUAAUAAAUAAAUGUUUGUAGAUAUAUUUAUAUACACAACUACAUAAUGGAUUUAUACAAAGAUAUAGUUUUGGAAACAGUAUCAGUUUUGUUUAUUGGUCUAUUGGUCAUGGUAACAUCAUUUAUAGAACCAAUUCCUCAAGGUUUUUUUUGUGAUGACAAUACAAUAAAAUAUCCAUACAAGCCAUCAACAGUAGGCAAAAGUUUCUUAUGUCUGUUUUAUCUUCUUCUACCUAAUGUUUUGAUAUGCUUGAAAUAUUACACAACUAGGAGCAAAAAUAUAAAAAACUUAUAUGUAAAUAUAAUUUAUUUUUGGUUGGGUUCUGGAUUAGCCCAAAUAACAGUCAAUUUAGGAAAAUGUUAUGUUGGACGUUUAAGGCCUCAUUUUAUUCAUGCGUGUAAACCAAAUAUUGAUUGUAUAUCACAAGAUGAAUAUAUUACCGAUUACAUGUGCAUGAAUCCAGAAAUAUCCAUAGCUAAUGAUUCAAGAGCAUCAUUUCCAUCAGGUCAUGCAUGUUUAGCAUUUUAUUCAACGGUAUACACAAUUUUGCACCUACACGAUUAUAAGAAAAGUGUAGCAUGGGUUAUCAUUCAAUUUUCAACAUUUAUACCAGCAUGGUAUACAGCAUUAACUAGAAUUACUGAUAAUAUGCAUCAUUACACUGAUGUAUUAGCUGGUUCAAUUAUUGGAACAUCAUUUGCUAUUUUAAUGAUAUAUGAAGUGAAGAUACGGACAUCUCUAGAAAAUAUUAGUCCAAAUAGUUAAUAUCAAAAUAAUUAGAUACGCAUAAUAUUUUUUCCUU